ACAUAUAAAUUAGCGAUUCAUCAACAUAUUCGCAUAAGCAAAGUAAUUAUGUUAGCCGUUGCUCUAAUACUUGUGGGCGUUGUCGCCCUGUAUCUGUUCGGAACAAGAACAUUCAGAUAUUGGGAGAAGAGAGGAAUCAAACAUGAAAAGCCCAUACCGUUUUUCGGCAACAACUGGCCGAUGUACUCCAGAACUAAGAGCAUGACACAAGUGGCUAAUGAACUGUACUGGAAGUAUCCGAAAGAAAGGCUCGUGGGCUUUUAUCGAGCAACACAACCAGAAUUAUUGAUAAGAGAUCCGAAGCUCGUAAAGCAAAUCCUUGCGACAGACUUUGGCUAUUUCAAUAUGAGGGGCUUCAAUACUCAUAAAAAAGUUGUGGAGCCACUGGCAAAAAAUCUGUUCUUUGCCGAUGGCGACAUCUGGAAGUUAUUACGACAACGUAUCACGCCUGCAUUCACAAGCGGAAAGCUGAAGGCGAUGUUUCCACUCAUCAUAGAGCGGGCUGAACGCUUGCAGAAUAAUGCAAUAAAUGUACCGCCAACUGGAGGUGUUCUGGAUGCCCGAGAAAUAAUGGCGCGGUACACUACCGACUUCAUUGGAGCGGUUGGAUUUGGUCUCGAUACAGAUUCACUGAGCGUAGAAGAUUCAGCUUUUAGGAAACUCGGUGUAGAAAUCUUUAAAUUUGACGUUAGUCAAUUAAUAAGACAAAUGCUCAAGGAAAUGUUCCCGGAAACAUUCAAGCAUUUAAAAGUUUUGAAAAAACUCGAAAGUGACGUAUUUGGCCUAGUCCGCAGUAUAAUGCAAAAGAGAAAUUAUAUGCCAAGUGGUAGAAACGAUUUCAUUGAUCUACUCCUAGAAUGUAAGAACAAAGGCAACAUGGUUGGCGAAUCUAUAGAAAUAACAAAACCUGACGGAACACCCGAACAAGUAUCAAUAGAACUAUCUGAAGCUCUAAUGGCUGCUCAGGUGUUUGUGUUCUUUGCUGCUGGUUUCGAGACUUCUGCUUCCUCUACAAGUUAUACGUUACAUGAACUAGCAUAUCAUCCAGAAGUACAACGGAAAGUGCAAGAAGAUAUCGAUAGAGUUUUAGCGAAGUACGAUAAUAAAUUAUGCUAUGAUGCAAUCAAUGAGAUGAAUUAUUUACGAUGCGCUUUUAAAGAAGGUUUGCGAAUGUUUCCUUCCUUGGGCAUUUUAGUGAGGAAGUGUGCUCGUAAGUAUACAUUCCCGGACAUGGACCUAACAAUAGACGAGGGAGUAGCAAUUGUCAUUCCUGUUCAAGCUAUGCAUAAUGAUCCUCAAUUCUUUGAGGACCCUGAAGAAUUCAGACCUGAGCGCUUUUUAACUGACUUCACCAAUCCAAUAACGAAACAUAUAUAUUUGCCUUUCGGUGAAGGUCCUCGAGCUUGCAUUGGUGAGAGACUGGGUCUGAUGCAGUCGCUGGCUGGUCUGGCGGCGGUGCUGUCGCGCUACUCUGUUGAACCCGCUCCAAAAUCGCCACGCCAUCCCAUAGUGGAUCCCACCUCGAAUGUAGUCCAGUCCGUAAUCGGUGGCAUACCUUUAUUGUUCCGCCCGAGGUUCAAAUAAAAUAACAACUGCAUUAGCUUCCAGGACUGCUACACCAUUUGAUAUUGACAAUGUGAACGGAAAGGAAAUAAAUACGGUGUUCGAGGAGAUUUUACAUAUAU